AUGUGUGUAACUAUUGUAUCUUUCAUUCGGAUUGUGUUGAAGCAUUUGGAUUAUAAUUGCUCGAGACAGUUGAAAGAUACGAUAAAGAAAGACGUCAGGAAGAAGAUUCAUCUCCUUCUUAGGAAAACCCCACCUUCACAAUCCCCAAUUUUCAGUAAGUUGGUUAAUGGAAGUAAGGGGAAGAAAUGGGGAAGAAGAUUGGUCUCCGUGGAAUUGGUAUUUAGUGCUCUUGAUGACCUUGCAAUUAAUCAUGGUUGUAGCAGUGAGGCCCUUGAGAAAGCCAGCACGGACGAAACAGUGAUAAAUGCUAUUGGAGAUCCUAUUGUGAGGGGUCCGUGGUAUAAUGCUGCACUUGCAGUAACUCACAGGAGGCAUUCUGUGUCGCGUACUAUUCCUGUUUAUGGACCUCAAGGCACAGGAGUCUUUCCGUUAAGGGCAGUUCAUGAUAAAGGUUUUAUUCAUCAUUCUGAACUCUCGAGUCUGCUCUCUUCUGUGUUAUCUCUUUCGAUUACAGUUUACACAUAUUGGUAACUUGCUUGAAUUGUAAUGCCGUGUUACUGGGAAAUUCUUAUCAUGAAAAGAAUGUUAAAAACACCGUGUAUCUUUAUAUUAAAAAAAAGGGAAAAAUAUCAAAUUAGUGACUCGUUCCAUUCAAAUAUAUCAAGUAAGUCACCACUUUCCAGUUUGACUCAAAUUGGUCACUGGAGUACCUCUUUUGUUCAGUCCGUUAGAGUCAAACAAGCGGAACGGUCGUUUUCAACGCCAAACGUUAAAAUAAACGUAAAAUCAGCGGAAGAUCGCCACAUGGAGAUGAGUUGUCAUAAUGAUUAGAUUAAGACAAUAUAAAACGCAAAGAAUCUCAGACAAAUAUAUACAUAUACAUGUAUAUAUGUAUAUGUCCUUCAGUUCCUGCGCAUUAUGUAUAUGUGUAUAUUUGUCUGAUUUGGGUUUUAUUUUGUCUUUAUCUAGUAAGCAUGUCAACUCAUCUUCACGUGGUGGUAUUAUGCUAAUUUAAUAUUUAUUUUAACGUUUAACGUUAAAAAUGACUGGUCCGUUUGUUUGAACAAAAGAGUCACUUUGGUGACCAUUUUGAGUCAAACUCGAAAGUGGUAACUUACUUGAUAUAUUUGAAUGGAACGAAUCACGAAUUUGAUAUUUUUCCCUUAAAAAAAUUGUGUAUUUUACUUCACGUUUCCUGAAUAUUAAUAUGUGUGCAAAAAAUUAGAUCAGGAUGUAUGUUCUUAACAAGAACAUGGACGACUUAAAAUCCAAUAUCAAGAGUUAUCGAAAUAGAACGGCUUGUGAAAUGACGUUACGUCAUGAUCAUCCAUCACAGAAGAGGAUGAAUCGCGGAAAUCUUGAACGUUCUUUCGCAUAAAUUAGAUGUGCUCUCUCUGAUUCAUAAUCUUAAUUAUUUACGUGUUCAUGUUUAGUUUAUAAUAAAAAUCUUGAAAUCUCAUGUACAUCUCUUUAUUAUACUCCCUCCGUCCCGCCAGGAAGCUUACGUGCACUGUUUGCGCGUAUUUUGAUGCUCUCAUAAAGUAUAAUUCUAUAACGUAUUUUUAAUUUUUUCUUUUUUUGAAUGAAAGUUUAAAUUUCAAAAUUUUUUUCAGUAUUUUUCUUUAAAAAAAAAGUUACAUGAAAAUUGCGUGUCGAAAAGUAAGGUAAAGAGGGAGUAACAUAUAAGGUUAUUUGUGAUCAUUUUUAAUAUUGGGUUACCCAAGAUUAUUAUUCAAAAUAGGCUGCGUUCAGUUGAUUAGUUAAAUAUGUGCAAAAGAAAUAGAACAGAAAGAAAGAAGAUUCCCUGUACAUAUGAUAUCUGCAUGAUAUAGAGAAUUAUUAUGCAAGCACUGUGAUGCAAUUACACUGCAGACCUCAAAUUAUAUAUAGGCAGACGAUUUGUUACAAGAAAUUGUUUGGAACGCAGAAACAUGAGAAGAAGCCAUUGAUGCAUGGUGAUGUGAAAUCUCUUCAAUCAUUACUGCUUGCUCCGUGGGCAGGGAGGGAUUGGCUCCUACUUGCUACAGCACAGACAACGAUGAGAGAGUGUGAAAUUAGCAAAAUGGUUAAUAAUGGGUUUUUUGAUUAAUUUUAAUCAUAUUUUAUAUUUAUUCAUUCAUAAGAAAAGAUAUUAUUUAUCUCGUAAAUAGCUUUGAAUAAAAAGAGUUUAUGUUUGUUUGUUUUUUUUUUGCCACAGAAAGGAUAGAUUAUAUUACUGAAUCAAAUCCUUACAAGAUUAAAAUCUGGGUGGACAUCCCCACCUCCCAUCUACGAUCAGCUACUAAACAGUUAUACCUCGCUAAAUAGUGAGCUAGUCUGUUUGCGGAUCGUCUAACAAACCUUAACUUAACAUUUUGAUUCUGUAAAGGAGUAGUUUAUUUAGAAUAAAUUUCGGUGAGCGAGUUGGUGUGCCUCACAAAAUUAGUAGAAACAAAUAUGUCUUUUUUAAGAAAAUGUUAACAAGCGGAUGGGAAUUGCGUACGAGAGGAUGAAAAUACCGCCGAAAUGGUAAAACCCAUGGGUGGAUAGGCGGCGUGCCUGGUAGUUAGCAUAGACGACAGGGGAAGCUGAUGAUUGAGAGUGAAGAGCAGUGAGGUGUGGUAAAGAGGCUGUGCCAAGCAGAAGAGUAAGGAGCAACAAUACGAAGCUCAUCUGAAUAAAUGAUGCAGCCAUACUCAUACAAAGAUGUUUAACCAUUUCAUCAUAUAUAUAGGGGAUUGGGAAGACACCCCCAAGUAUAUCUUUUGUGCAUAAUUAAAAAACAAAAGGUUGUAGAAAAUGGAGUGUAGAAAUAUUUCUUUGACGCAUUAGUGAUCAACUGAUCGUACACAGAGCCUGUUUGGCAC